CUAUUUUCAAAUUACAACACUUUCCACGAAAAUGAAUAUAGAAUGGAGGCAUGUCAUGCAAAUAUCUCUUAUGGAUUAUUUAACACAAAUUCUAAUUUUAUCAAUGAUCUCGUUAAUCUACCAAAAGUGGAAAGUGAAAGGUUCAGUGAAUGGAGAUUUGCAUUGAACAUAAUUAUCAUCUCUCUCCAAAUCCUAUCUGGCAUUUUUAUAUUUGGUGGUAAUUUACUAGUGAUUUCAGCUGUUGUAACGACUAAGGGAUUGAGACGUAUAACUGAUCUGUACAUUGUAUCACUUGCUUUGGCUGAUCUACUUGUUGCAGUCCUAAUUCUACCGCAUUUUAUGGUGCGUCAAGUUUACGGUUAUUGGCCUUAUGAAUCACACGAAUUAUGUAUAUUCUGGCUGUCUCUCAACGUGUUCUUGUGUUCAGCUUCCAUAUUGAACAUAGUCUGUAUAUCUGUGGAUCGAUAUAUUGCAAUCAAUUAUCCGAUGAAAUACAUCAGCAAGCGAACACGUCGUACUGCAUUUGUAAUGAUUGGAAGUGCUUGGAUAAUAUCGUUGCUAGUAAUGGUCCCAUCUAUAUUUGGCUUCCAACACCACACAGGAGUAGGACGUUGUUACAUAAGAACUGAUGCAGGAUUUAGAUUUCUCACAGGAAUCUCGAUAUUAAUUAUCCCAUUUCUGUUGGUCGGUUUCAUUUACAUACGUAUAUUAUGGGUGAUUCGUCGUCGUUCGAAGGAAUUAGAAUUUGAUAAGUAUUCAUCUAACAUGGAAAAACAUAGAUUUGGAUCAUUUAAAUUGCUCUUCAGUCUGAAUAAUAUCUAUCGCCAUCGUUUUGUACGUAUCAAGAGGUAUCUCGGUUCAGUUAACUCCAAUCAACUUCGAUUAUUUGCGUCAAAAUGCAGACAAUGUAAAUUGUGCAUUGCCUGCACUCCAUGUGAGAGACGUAACGAUCUGAGCAGAUUUCCUGUCGCUCAGUCUUACAGUCAAACUUCCAUGAAUUCCUUUUCCAAUGAGAGUGCUGUACAACCAGAGUGGAAUGUUCCGGAAACGCCUAAACAACACACAAACUUUAUUCCGAUGUUUCGCAUAACGAUGUUGCGUAGAACGACGAAAUCUGAUUUGAAUGAUUUUUUUACGUUUGUGGUUCAUGAAAGUACAGCGAACACAGAAGCCUGUACUUCACCAACUGCUUAUACGAAAGAAGAUAUAAUCAUAGACAAUUCACUUCAAGCUGUUCACAAAACGACUGACACUGCUCUAAAUAAUCGACAGAAAAACUAUGAACGUAAACACAAACACACAUUACAUAGUCAGUCUACACGAAGUAAAAUUUACAUGUCGAAGUAUUCUAAAACACACACUGAAAUGGAUUGUAACCGUCAUAAACGUCUUAUCUUCAACAGAGAACAAAAAUCUGUCAAAACAGUAGCAUUGGUAGUGUGUUGUUUCGUUUUAUGCUGGCUUCCAUUUACCACAAUGUAUUUGGUGGAAGCAGCAUGUGAAUGUCUAUUUUCUGAACCAAUUUACAUGGCAACUUGUUGGUCUGCUUACCUGAAUAGUAUGUGUAACCCAUUUAUAUACGCAUUUUGUAAUAAUAAGUAUGCAAAAGCAUUUAAACGUUUGUUGCAUAUUGGAAGAAAUAAUUGAAAAUUUUGCACUACACUAUCAACUGCAUUCGAAAUUUGUGUAUUUGACAGACCUACAAAUAAACGAAUACUACAUUAUGGACAUAUAUAUGGAGAAAGAGACAAGGUGCAUUGGGUGUACUG